CCGUCCCUGUUCAGCACGAUCCUCGAUAUGGCCGUAAUGGAAAAGACGGGCGGUUCGCGCACCGGCUCGCUGAGCCUGGAGAACGGCGAGGGGGUCAGCUCGCAGACCCACCUGCUCUACGGCCACGGUGCCAACGGGAACGGUACGGCCGGCGAUGGCAGUGGUGGCGGUGCUGGCGGUGCCGGUGCUGGCGGCGGUGCUGGUGUCGGCGGGCUUGGUGCCGGCCUGGGAAGCGGUCACGACAGCACACUGGACCUGCAUGGCAGUAGUUUGGCCAGUCUGGCACGCCGCACCACGAUGCGCAAGCGGUCCUUCAGGAACAGAAAGGAGCUGCAGGAUGUUUCGAGACAACCGUCCCUCGAGUCGCUGACUCCGGCAGAUGGGCAUCUGCAUCCGGGACACGCUUACCACAACGGGCAUCGUCGAUCACCGAGCUUGAGACGGGAGUCUCCGCUGGUGCGCACGCCGAGCCCGCGGAAGCGACAUCAACAGCACGAGAUCGGUUUCUCCGACACCGUGUCGAACGUGGUGGAAAUACAAAAGGAGGAACACAGACGUGGUAGGCAUCAUUUCGGCUAUGCGCACAGGCACAACCGAGGUUCCUGGUCGGCCUCAACCAGCCCCGCCCGUUCGCCGUCGCCCAGUCGAUUCGGUGUACAUAGUAGUGCCCAGCAUCGCAGUAGUAAAGACCGUUCCAAAAACCACCUUGUCCAUCAACCGUACGAUACGACGAUCCUAUGCGAACGGUCGCGUUCGCCCAGCCCGGCCCAGCUGCUGCAAGAGCUGCGCGACCGGGACCAAGCCCGGCGGAAGUACCGCAACGGAAUGGGUUCCUCAGGGUCUCAUGUGCAGCAUAGCUAUCCGGUGUUGGUGACCCGUCGCCAGGGCCAUGGACGUCGGUUGCCGCCCACACCGUGCAAGCCGUCGACGCUACAGCUGAAGCAAACGAACAUCAACUUCCCCAAGCUGAACGCUAGCCCGACCCACACUGGCCAUUCCUCUCACAACACACCGCACAGCGUGCAUUCGCUGCCCCAGUCGCGCGAGUUUCUCCGCGAGCCUAGGGAGCGCGACCAUGACCGGGAUCUGUACUAUCGCGAACGGGACCGCGAGCGGGACCGGGAACGCUUCCGGAACAGCCGCGAGCGCAGCCACGAAGACUACAGCGUCCGGUACGAGUUCCGGGAUCGCGAGCGGGAGCUGUACGAGCGCGAACGUGAGAUCGAGCGCGAGUUUGAGCGCGAGUUCGAAAGGAUGGAACACUCUGUCCCGCUGUCGUACGAGCAGGCACUGGCGAUGGGCCGCACCGGUGGCCGCGUACUGCCGUCGCCCAUUUUGAACGGCUACAAACCGAAGGGCGCCCUUCACUCGAGACACUCCGAUUCGGACGACGAGGACUGGUGCUAGCAUAGGGUGCGAAGGCGGCAGGGCGAACGCAAGCGGCGCGAACAGAUUUGGGUCUAGGCCAAGGCAAGGCCAUCCCUGCCAACCGGACACGUGAUGUUGCAGCUUUCAGCAAACAGCAUUCAACUUGCCACUGGCGCUCGCGGUGAGCGUCGAUGUUUGAGCGAUGGCUUUAAGUGAUCGAUAGAACCCUCAACCGAGGGGAGUCUUUAGUGCGUGCACGAUCACAGCUACGAAACUAGGGCCGUAUAGAAUUAUAAACGUGUGUAGCUAAUACAUGGUAGCAAAAUACUCUUACUCCAUUUAGCCGGAGACGCGGUAAAAACUGACCAGUACUAGGUUUCCUCCCCUCAAUCCUUGACAAACCCUUUCCCUAGCGUUUUUCUAUGGGUUUUUUUUAGAGAGAAACGUUCCCAACUUGUCGGCACAAGGUGACCAUCCUACUGUGGGCUUUUCAUAUGAUCGAUCGAUUUUCUUUCGUUGUCUAGAAAAAAAAAUCAUUCGGCAAACAGUAAACAAGUAUUCAUCAUAUGUACUAUUUGCGCCUAAAGGUAGGCAAAUUGAUCUUUUGACUAUUCUCAAAAAUAGAACUGAAAGCUCCUUAUAAAGUAACUUAACAUUGCAAUUUGAUUCUACAAGCAAAAUUACCUAAAUUUAUUUAAAAAAAAUCACAAUAAGAUUUAAAUGUUCAUUUGAUUUGAUAGCAUCAAUAGUACACACCAAACUCUCUUUUUGCUGCCAACCUUGCCUACCUUUAGGCGCAAACGAUGAUAGAUAUCAAACAGAUUAGCUCGUCCGGCACGAGACUGCUGCCGAUGGUGGAUUAGUAGUUGCACUCAAACAAACUAAUACGGAGCAAAACAGAAGAAACAAAACAAAAAAAAAAGUAAAAGACUGAGACAGUGACAGUGAAAACCAAGCGCGCUAAACGAGCGCCACACACAAACCUGUGCAAGGUGUUUAACUUUUACAGUAAACUGAACACAAACAUUAAGAAGGUUAACGACGGAUCACAAGCGGAAAAUAGCGUUCGGUCUGGUAGUGCGGUAGUGCGUUGUAUACGGCUAGAAACCACUAGUUAGGAUGAAAUUAGUACCACCAGUUUGGUAAAAGGUUUUUUGAUGGCCCCCGCGUUCGGCUAUCGUGAGGUGAUACCACACACACAGUCACACGCAACCAGUCACAAGCGAGCGGAAAAAAAUAUAAUGCAGGGAAUUUUUAAGUAGCACGAGCGGGCCAACGUGACGUAGAUCAGUGAAGCGAAAGCAAAUAUUUAGCAAAAGGCACUAAUAACCCACCUAGUAUCCGGUUUUUUUUUGUUUCAUCAGUUUUACCUCGACCAGAACGCGGAAAUUCAUAUCCAGUGGUACGGUGAGGGGGCAGAUAGAGCAGCGUACCAGCAGUGUAGAAUGUGUAGUGAUCGUGCGUAGAAGGACACGGUUUUCGACCCAACCGUCGCGUAGUUUUAGCAGCAUUAGCAUUGCUGCAACCAUCAUCGAAACCAAGACUCGUGAUCGUGCAAACAGAUCGUUUUUUUUAUGCAAAAGGUUUAGAUAGUCACCAACCAAGACUAGCGAACUAGUUUGCUGCCAAGAAGGUAAAGACAUUUUCGAGAUUUGCAAAAAAGAGAAAAAGAAGUGAAAAGAGAGAGAUAUAUAGAGAGAUAAAUCACCAAAUUAGGUAGUGCUGUAUCUAGUGAUAUACAGGGAUUGCACAAUGCAGAUGCAGGUUCUACUAGUUCAUCUUCUUUUGAUUGUGAUCGCCCCGAACAAUGUGUCACCUUGUGUCACCGAAUUUUCAAUCGUAACCAAAUGUCUCCUAACCAUCCCAUCUCCCAUCCCCUUUUGCAUAGAUGUAAGUAGACACUGUGCAAAACCAAAAUCGAUUCAAGCUCGCCCAAAACUGAGUGUGGAUAUAGGCAGUGCGUCUGCAAAUCUUGAACAUCCUGACGAUUCGGCCUUUAGCGUGAUUGAAGCGGCAGUAAAUGGAAAAAAAACAAACAAAAAGAAUUAUCGUAAAAAAUGGGCCCACAAUAGAGUGCAAAGGCUGCGGAUGUCCAAGCGGACGGGGAAGCACUCGAAGAUGUACCGUACAUUGAUUACACUUAGCUUUAACACUAAAUACUACUUCAAACCAUUCGGUACGGUAGGCGGUAAGCAGUAAAACGAGUGUUUGCUUCUUUUUUUUUCAAGCGUUUCCACGCCAUUCAACCAGUCCAGAUACCAGAUGUUGCCAAACGUUGAUCUCUAGCCACACGCGAAACUGGCCGUACUGGCUUGUACAUAGUAAACAUUAGCAAACAAGAUCUGCCGCUCUGGCAGUAAGUACGAAACCCCGGAAUGUUAUGUAAAAACAAAACGAAACCAAAAACCACUGCUGCAAUGCUUUGUGUGGUGUGCAGCGGCGCAAGUACGUGCAUGUUAAACUGCCAUUUUCUUCAUCUUCUUAUGGCCCAUUUCUAAAUGGCCGAUGUUUGCGAGUGCGUAACAUAGCAAAAACCAACACAAAACAAACAAAACCAUAAUACGAUUGCCAAUAUCUACGACCACUAACUUAAAGCGAACGAAGCGUUACCUUUAUCGCAGGAUGGAUAGGGGUUUGUUUUUUAUCUCCGCGCUAGCUAGCGAUCAAGCAUAUACAUAUAUACAUAUAGGAAUAUGCGUACUUUUUCUCGUUCUCGUUUUCUCCUACCAAAGCUUUUAUUCUCCGUUUUUUGCUCUCUCGCCAUAGCGUUGUUGUAGCAGUUUCGUUGAACGACAAAUGCCUGUUGAGAUAUUAGUGUAUUGAAUGAAUCUAACCAAGUUUAAUGUUUGCUGCUGCCCCUUAUCCCGAUAGUUGGUACUGGUUUCCUGGUACGAUGCCACUGUAAAAAAAAGAGAUAACUUAAAAAACAGGGAGAAACAAAAAGACAAAGAAAAGGAAAUAGACGGGAGAAAGAAGGCGAUCGUGCAUCGUGCGUACUAUUACGGCAUGGCGGUUAAGUGAUGGCAACAAAGGUAUCGAUAUCGAGCGACACAUACCAGUUUUCUUGAUCGUUGUAUGUAACAAAAAGAAAGUUGUAUUCCUCAUGUACCAACCAAGCCAAGCAUCAUCUGCUGCAUUAACCAACUCGACAGCAUAGCUCAGCGAUAAGAAAAAAAAGCGGAAUAAGAAAGAGAGAGAAUGACUAGUGCAAAGUAGCAAAUAUUUAAGGGACACAUUCAUUUCCAACAAACCGAACUCAAGUGCAAUAGCAACACGUGUAUGUAUGUGUGUGUGUGUUUAUUCAUCUUCCCUUUCGGAUACCACUUACAAUAGCUGUCGUUAGUCGAAUGGAAUCGUAAUUCAAACAAAUUCUCCUGUUCCCCCUGUCCCCCUUUCCCUUCCCGUUUUCCUUAAUGCAAGUUGAUGAACGCAUCGAUACAAAUAAUGUUCCGCAAGCGCCAGUGAAGGGAAGCAACUUUGAAUCCAAUGUUGUACAUACAUUUUUUCUGUGAUACGCCAACGUUUAAAGCCGUGUAGUAAUGGAAACCCACAAAAAAAAGGAUAAGACAGAAGAGACAGAAGCUAACCAAAAAGAGGCAGAGAACGAAGAAAAAGAAACAAAGAAGAAAGAAGAAGAAACUAGCAACCAAAAUGAACGGAACACGUAACACCGAUGACGUAGAACAGACGCCACUCGUGCGUGUGAUGACUUUUCUGCAGUCCUUCUUCCGCUUCCUUUAUGUUGUUUACGCAUUCAAACCGGACGCGUUGGCCACAAGCAGCUCGUGCGCCGAUGGCUGCGGCCGAUUAUGUAGAAAAUUAAUACGAACGUAUCUAUUCAACGCGACUACUUAACUACCACCCACACAACCUAUAUUAAAUGCGAUUGGCCCCAAAUUACAAACUUGAAACCGAUGGCCGCAUACGCGGUGAUGCUGCAGUGCAGUGCUUGUGUUCGUUUGCUCGCGUGUCUGUGUGCGUGUGUGUCUAGCUGUACGGGUGGAUGGCCGUACCCGGCCGCAGCUCCGCGGCUGUACGGAUACACCCUUUAACCACUCUGUACCGUGCUAUCUUUGUGCCGCCUGACCCAGAUGGUGACAGACAGUGCCGCGCUUAGUACGAAACCCGGUACGUUUGUGCUUUUGUGUUCGCCUUGUCGUGUUUUUUUCUUUCUUUCUUUCUUGUUUUCUUUACCAAACCCAUGUGCUUGUACCGAACAUGGUUGUUAGUAGUACUAGCCCAACGUAUCUACUGAUCCGAUUUUACUAUUUGGUGGGCAGCGCCCAACACGUUGCUACUCUAGUAUCGGCACGCUGAGUUGUGGGUAUUUGGUGUUGAGACCAAAUGAAUCGCAAUGGGGAAGGGUAAAAAAGACAACACCUAUGUACCGAUGUAACGCCCGCAGUAUCUUAUACUCUGUUUAUAUUUCUUGGCUCUCAUUCGAGGUUGUUUUUUAUUUUUUCGUUGUAUAUGUACAAUUUGCGAUACAUGUUACCAACGCUAUACCAAACCAAAAUUAUAGAUGAACCGAAUAGCAAAAAAACACCCAGAAAAACGAGAAUGCAAAUAAAUGAACAAAAACCGAUAGCAUAACAUUUCAAAUGAA